UCUGUAGCGUGUGCUCUGUACUCUUUAGUUCUUUUACAUAACAACGCUCGUCGCAAGAGGCAACACUUUAUUUUCUAUCUGUCAAUCAAUUUACUGUACAUCUCGUCAGCAAUAGUGAUUUACCUACACAGUUAAAUCAUAAAAGUAAAAAAUAACGGAAUAGAAAGACAACACAUAAUAAAAUAAAAUAUCAUGAAUGAAAACAAAAUGAACAAGAAUAAUGAUGAGUCAGAACAAAUCGACAACCGAAAACAAAAAUCUCAAGGAUCAAUUGAUUUAGAUAAUGGUGUAAUUCAACUUCCAGUAUCAACAUUUAAUAAAAUAUUAGAACGUGCAAUUUCUAACAUUAUCUUUGAAGACAAGAGUGAUGAAGAGAGUAAUAUUAUUGACCAAAAACAGUUGGUAAAUAAAGUUAAGAAUUCAAGAUAUGUACAAAUCAAAAACCAACUCGAAAUUUUUCACAGCUAUAUACAAUCCUUUGCGGAAGAUUUAAAACAAAUUAAGUUCAUACAACCACAUGGGUGUCUAACUGAUUCAGUUAAUGUAAAUAUCAAAAUUGAGCUGACAAAUAAAUUGAAUAAAGACAUUCCGCAUAAGAAUUCAAAUAAGGAACUAGAGACAAUUACAAUAUCAUCAGAUAGUGCAGAUAAACCUAUUAUUAAAGCUGAUACACCAAAAAAAAUCGAAGCGAUAUCAGAGAAAAAAAAAAAUAUUAAUUCAGUCGAUUUAGAAAUAUUUAAUGAUUCCAAAAAGUUGAAUGUUAAGUAUAAACUAGAUCAAAAAUCAAAAACAAAGGUUUCUAUACGUGAUGUUGAAAUGAAUCUUACCAAUAAAGUAUUGCCAAUUAAAACAAAAUUUGAUAAAACUUUAGGGAAUGAACAAUAUUUAUCCAAUACUACACGGAAACGGAAACUAGAUAAUGAAAAAAAUUGGUUAAAUACCUAUAAAAUUCCUAAAAUCGAAAAAUCAAGAACAACAAAUUUAUCAAAUUGUCAAUCUUUAGCCAAAACUGUACCAAAACCUGAGUCAAAAUCAAAGACAAUAAUCACAAAUAAUAUUAUUCCAGCUACUAGUAAAAAUAAGAAAGAUAGUGAAAAAGAUUGGUUAAAAAACUUUAAAAUUCCAAAAAUAGUAAAACCAAUAACAAAUACUACACAGAAACCUGAUCCAAAAUCAGAGACAAUAACAAUUUUGUCGAAUAGUAUUUCAGUAAAGAAAUUAGAAGUUGCUACUAACAAUGUUAAGCUUUCAAAAUAUCCACCACCUUUUCCUCCAAAACCUCCACUUAAAAUUCAACCGACAUGGGAAGAAGUGCCACCAAUACCUAAAAUGACAGUUGAAACUUCAGGAAAUACAGUGAUAUUAACUUGGGAUUUGAAUUUGUGUUUGCAGUCAUCACAAAUCAAAAUGUACGAACUGUUUGUGUGCAAAGAGAUAGAUGCAGAUUCAGACGUCUCAAUGUGGAAAAGGAAGGGUGUUCUUAAACCACUCAUGUUACCUAUGGUUUGUGAAGUAGAAAUUUAUCAUUUAGGAUAUACUUACCAUUUUGCUCUGAGAGCAGUGGAUAUUCACAACAGAUGUACAGGUUUUGCUUUACAAAAAACUAAAAUUUAA